AUGAUUUCCAAGAAAAAAAAUGCAAUGGCUCAGCGAAUAUCAUCAUCAAGACUUCACAAAAUUAAAGAGCUGAAGAAUGAAAUAUUUUAUUUACAACACAAAUUAGAAGCAUCAAGCUUAGAAAACAACAUUUUGAAACAGCUUCAGUGUCAACAGUCAAAAGCAAUAGAUAGAUAUGAAAAUUCAGAAAGUAAUUUGCUGGAUCUUUUCACAAAUCACUAUAAUGAGGUGACAGAUUUAAGGAAGCUCCUGAGGAUGUCUCAGGAGGACGAGCGAAAUACAUCCAGGAGGCUUAGAAAAGUUGAAGCAGAACUGCUAAAAGCUAAAGAAGCAUGCCAGACCUUGCAUAUGCUUUCAGAAGACAAAGCUCUUGCAGAGAGAGAGGAGCUUGAUCACAGAUUAUCAGUCCUUAUAGAAAAAAUGAAAGUGAAUGAUAAGAGAAUACAGAGUCUAGAAAAGCAGCUGAGGUUGAACAAUAGCACCUUUAGUCAUCAGCUGGCAAACGAGAACAAAAAAGCUGUGGAAGCUGAGAUGAUUACAAAAAACUUGCGAAUGGAAAUUAACGCUCUUCAGCAAAAAAUUAAGGAAAAGGAUCGGCAACUUUCUGUAAAAAAUAUCUAUGCAAAUCGGAUGCCUAAAAUCCCAAAAGACAAAAGUUAUGGAGUACCUUGUGAAAAAAGUCUUCAUAGAAACAAAUCAGUACAAGUAGAUAAACUGAGUUUUAGAUCACUGCUGCUGUCACAGUACCAAACUCAGGAAACUGUAGAAAGUCCAAUUCAGCUAACAAAGGAGAAAAAGACUUCUGAAGAUAAGAAUCAAAAAGCUAAAGCAAAUGAAGCAUACAUGGAUGCCCAAUGUAGAACAGAAAAUCAAUCAACCAAGAGAAUACCAAAGCCAGAAACUUUUAAUAGAACACAUAGAGGGCAUUUAAGAGAGGGCAGACUGCUGAUGGAAGAACAUGCUUUCUUGGAAUUUAUAAAGGAAAAAGAGACUGAUUUGCUUAAACAGGAGCUGAAAAAACUGAUGAAAACUGAACAAACUCCUCUAGGAGACAGCAUAAAAGAGAACAAUCAAGAGAAAGAUGCUGUGAAAGAAUCUGAAAAAGAAAAGCCAGAAGAACAGCUAAAUAACAGUGAGAAGACAGGGAAUAAAUGUGUAACUCCAGGUCCAAGAAACAAAACACGCGCUAGGCUGAAAAAAAUAUACAUAUUCUCAGAAGCCACUGAGAAUUUGCAUCACGGGCUUCCUACAUCGGGUGCAAAAUCCAGUCUUUGCAACAACAGACAUGCAGGUCAGAACUGCGGUGAAACAGCUCAAUCAAAAGCAAGAACUUCAUUUGAUUUAUAUGGACCAUCUUUUGGUAAAGUUACCGAAAGAAGGCAAGAUGUCACUUCCACUGAAGCAGAAGUCUGUGCUCAUAUGACAUUUGCUGAUAGGAAAAACAGUCUUACGAAAGAACUCUUCGGACCAGGCUGUGUUUGAAGAGACAACCAUUCAAGUUCUAACAUGAGAGGAAUGAAGAAAGUGAAAGGAUGCAGGACUACACAAGACAAAUUUCA